AUGUCUUCAGAAGCAGCAUCUCAAGUCUCCGUUGGGGCACUCAGCGCUAUCUUCGAUGAUACAAAGCCUCAAACGCGUGAGCCUGUUGUUCAGUGUGUCCAGAUAAAGCCAUUGCCAGCUCAGCAGAGCCACCCGGAACGCUACCGAGCUGUAUUCAGUGAUAUUUCAAAUUAUGUGCAGACGAUGCUUGCGACCCAAUUGAACCCCAUGGUUUCUAGUAAGCUAUUACGGAAGGGGUGUUUCGUUCGCCUGAAGUCAUUCCAAGCGAACUCCGUGAAAGGCAAAAAGAUUCUUAUUAUUCUCGACCUUGAAGUCUUGGAGGGACUAGGAGAGGCCGAGAAGAUUGGCGAUCCGAAACCACUCGAAAGUAAAACAGAUGAAGACGAGAAGCACCAGCCCACUACAAUCUCCAGCAAUGGUUUCUAUGGAUCGAAGAUAUCAGGAGCACAGGUCCAGUCAAAUACCGGAGUGCAGUCAGCACGACCUGUUUUGGCCGCAACGCAUGCUACUAUAUAUCCCAUCGAAGCUAUUUCACCAUAUUCUCACAAAUGGACGAUCAAAGCACGCUGUACGAGCAAAACAAAUAUUAGGACCUGGCACAACAGGAAUACCGAAGGGAGGCUCUUCAGCGUUAAUCUACUGGACGACAGUGGCGAAAUACGAGCUACUGGAUUUAAUGACCAAUGCGAUAUGCUGUAUGACGUCUUCCAGGAGGGCGGUGUAUACUAUAUUUCCAACUGCCGCGUGCAGAUUGCGAAAAAGCAGUUCACGAACCUGAACAAUGAUUAUGAGCUCACUUUCGAAAGGGAUACGGUGGUUGAAAAGGCAGAGGAUCAGACCGAUGUUCCCCAAGUUCGAUUCAAUUUCACUUCUAUCGGUGACCUCCAAUCGGUAGAAAAAGAUACUACAAUCGAUGUGAUAGGUGUACUGAAGGAGGCCAUGGAUGUUACACAGAUCACAUCCAAAACUACAAACAAACCCUAUGACAAGCGUGAGCUAAUCAUGGUUGACAAUACUGGGUUCUCCGUUCGCCUGACCAUCUGGGGCUCUACGGCGCAGAAAUUCAAUGCCUCGCCCGAGUCUGUGAUAGCUUUCAAAGGUGUGAAGGUCUCUGACUUUGGUGGGCGAAGUCUGAGUUUGCUGAGCUCGGGUUCAAUGGCGGUUGAUCCUGACAUUGAGGAAGCCCACAAGCUCAAAGGCUGGUAUGACGCACAAGGUAGGGAUGAGAAUUUCUCUUCACAUGCUUCCUUAUUAGGCACAGCCUCAUCAACGAUGAAGUCGGAUCAAUUCAAGACCAUCGCCCAAAUAAGAGAGGAGCAAUUGGGUAUGUCGGAGGAGGCGGUUUACUUUUCGCUGAAAGCAACAGUCAUCUAUAUUAAGCAGGAUAAUAUGUCUUUUGCUUAUCCUGCUUGUCUCUCAGAAGGUUGCAACAAGAAGGUGACCGAGCUUGAUCCUGGUCAGUGGCGCUGUGAGCGCUGCGAUAAGACUCACCCCCAACCUGACUACCGCUACAUAAUGCAUGUCAAUGUCAGCGAUCAUACCGGCCAACUUUGGCUGAGCUGCUUUGACGACGUGGGCAGAUCGAUGAUGGACAUUUCGGCCAAUCAGUUAAUGGAGCUGUUUCAAACGGACGAAAAAGCAGCUGGCGACGUAUUCCAGGAUGCCAAUUGCCGGACCUGGAAUUUCCGAUGCCGUGCCAAAAUAGACCAUUUCGGCGAACAACAACGUAUACGGUAUCAGGUAUCCUCGGCCAAACCGAUUAAUUAUUCCCACGAGGCUGGACGCCUUGCUGAUCUGAUUGGAUCUUACACUGUAUCUUGA